AUGAAAAGAAGUUUCCAGGAGCUGAAGAGGAUAAAGACUUCUUCAACUUCUCGAACCAAAGAAGAAAGUGAACCUGGGCAUAGACACCAGAGGGAAAAUAAUAAUAUUCACCCCCCGGAUGGCCUUCACAACACUGGACAAAGUAGGAUCUUCCUGGUCGGUAAAGAUAAUGACAUAACGGCCCAGCACAUGAGGGACUACCCUGAUUACAAGUACCGCCCCCGCAGGAAGCCCAAGACCCUGAAAAAGGACGGCUACCCCUACAGCUUCCCGUACCUGCCGACGGCCCUCGAUCCUCUCAGUGCCAUGUCCCGUGGGAUGUACCACCCACACUUCUCUCCCGCCCUCACCCACAUGACGGCCGCUAUGGGUGGCAUGGGCGCGAUGGGCGGUAUGGGUGCCACGCUGCCCACCCACACACCCUCAGAUUACCAAGCCACCCUCGAUUCUGAGAAGAUGAGAGCGGCUUUUCUUCCCACCUCUCUUAGUAGUCUCGGUGCUUUCCAGUCCCACGCCCUGUACACCUCGAUGGCAGCAGCGCAGCAGAACAGCCACGCCCACACGCCCACACCCACCUCCCAGGACACCACGCCCACUAGCACCGUCCUCUCCACGCCCCUAGCAGCGCCCGUGGCCAAGUUAGCCCAGCCAGUGCAAGAGGAACGCCGGACCAGUCCUCCUGCCUCUACUGCGAGUUCCUCGCCGCCAUAUGUGCCACCGUCGCCGUUCUCCGCCCUCUACUCCACACCCAGCUCUCUCACGCCCGGCCACCCGCUCCUCUACCCCGCCCAGUACCCGCCCAUGACCACACCCACACAGGACCUGCGCCGCCCACUCUCCGUCCUAUUCUCGUAGGCCCUCUGCUGCCGGCACCACCCAGGAGCUGCGAUUGACAACCUCCAGUCUGUAGAUGGUCGCCCUCGAGGUCUCCAGUAGGUCAUCCUUGGUGGCAACGUUCUCCUCGAUAUCAUUAAUCAGUUGCGGGACAUUCUCGAGGUCAAGGUCAUCCUUGAAAGCACUAGUCACGAGCCAGCCACCUUGAGUAAUGUCACUCAGUAGUGGGCUCUUGGCUAGGUCACCACAAGUACGAGAUUACUGUCUUAGUCAGCGAUGAGAAGCUCGCUCUCCACGUCACUCUGAAGCCUUAAUUGAGGUCUUCAAGCCACGUGACCCAGAUCUUGAACAGCAAGGAAUGUAACCCAGGAGUUGGACAGCAAAUUACGUGACCCAGGUGUUGGACAACAAGAAGAAAUUCUUCCAGAAGCUCUAAAGACCUUCAAAAGACUGCCCUAAAUCUUACGAGCGCUUUCCUGUUCACUUUUAAGAUGAAUCAAUAGCAAGAACGUAACAAUUAAAUGUGUUCUAACUGUAGUGUAGGUGUUCGGACGGAGCAUAAAUCAGUGGUAAACAAAAUUAUCUGACGACAGUCAUUUCUGUAUAAUCUAAAUGUGUGAGGGGCAAGAGAAGGGUGUACGAGAGCUCCGUUACGCGUGCUGCAGUGACUAUAGUCAGACGCUUUUGGUGACAGAGCAAAUAUAUGCAUAUAGUGUUCUAGUGAGUGUGGACCCGGCCAAAGGUGUUUUUUGUGUGUGUGGGAACGCUCCUGGGCAUAGAUAUUGACCCGUGGAACAUGUCUAGCCGUAGACAUUGAACCCCAGGGAGCGUGUCUAUCCGUAGACAUUGACCCUGGGGGCGUUUCUAGCCACAGGGAUCGACCCUGGGGCGAGGAGGGCGUUAAUACCUGUAGACACGGACCCUGGAAUUCUUUCUUGCCGUAAACAUUGACCCCUGGGAGACCCUUUUUGGAACACUCUAUGAUUUAGUUAAGAGUUUCCAAAGCAUACCAACUUGUUGGGUACUCAGGAUUACGCAGGCCGAGCAAUUAAGUAUGCAAGAUCACAUCUAUUGACCUAUUCUCUGACUGUUGCAGUAGGCCGCAUGUAUAAUCUAACGAGGGGGCAAUAGAGCCAUAUGGGGGUAACCUAGCUAAGCCACAUAUAAAUUAAACUGGUGAGUGCCUCAGGUCACCUGUGCUGACCAAAAUACAUGGAGGUCACUGAGGACAUAUGUGCAGAACCAAAGAUGACCUUGCGAGGCAAACAUCUGCAGUUAGCCUAAGACAUCUGUCUCACCUGGUGAUGACUUCUUAAGACAUCUGUCUCACCUGGUGAUGACUUUUUAAGACAUCUGUCUCGCCUAGUGAUGAUUUCUUAAGACAUCUGUCUCGCCUAGUGAUGAUUUCUUAAGACAUCUGUCUCACCUAGUGAUGACUUCUUAAGACACCUGUCUCACCUGGUGAUGACUUCUUAAGACACCUGUCUCUCCCACCUGCUGAUAACGUUUAAAGACAUACUGUCUCAUCCGAAAAAAACAAGUUCUUGAACUUGGUUAUAUUGAACAUGAAGAUCCGCGUUCUGGUAAUUGUAAAACCAAGUUUUUUGUAAUUGUAAAGCCAAAAUCAAGUAAUUGUAAAGCUAAGUUCUUGCAAUUGUAAAGCCAAAUUCUGGCAAUUGUAAAGCUCAAAUCUGGUAAUAGGAAACCCAAGUUCUUGUAAUGAUUUUGGUAACUUUCCAGCACAUAGAGAACUGGGAUUUUAACCCUGUGAAGUCAAAUUCUUAAACCUGUGAAUCCAAGAUCUUAAAAUAAUGUGUUUUAUUUCCAAAUGGCUUCAUUUAUAUUCUCUCGUAUUUAUUGAGGAAAAUGCAUUGUGAAAUAAAACAGAUUUAUAUUGAUGAUGCCAAGUUUUUUUAUGUUAAUGAAUAAUAAUUGGCAUAGAGGGACUGGUAUCUUAGGCCUACUGUAAUUGUGACGUCACGCAUUCAAUGGUUUUAAUGUAGAAGUGAUUUUGUGUAUAGUUGAAUGUGUGUUGAUGUAUAUUACGGUGUAUAUAUGUGUAUGUAUACUGUGAGUUGUGAGUCAUGUAUACUGGGGUGUAUGUAUGCACGUGUAUAUUUUGGGUAUAUUUUGUUGGUGUUGACUAUCAUGGAUUUUGUGGUGUAUACAAGGUUGUAUUUAUAUACUGUGGCAACUGUACGUGUAUACUUGGUUACUAUGUAUGUAGGUGUUUAAUGCUCUGUAUUACGGUGUAUAUGUGUGUGUGUACAUAAAUGUAUACUUUUGUAUAUGAUGUAUACUGGAAUGUAAAUGCAUUUUGAGGUAUGUAUAGGCAUAUAUUGGAGUAUGUUUACGUUAAAGUAGAGUGUAUGUGCAUGUAUACUGGUGUAUACACCUUGUAUACACGAGUACAUGCAUAUGGGUGUAUGAAUACAUAUUGGGGUGUCGUGACGGUGUAUACCCAAGGUGUAAGUGCAUAUUGGAGUGCAUGUAGCUGUAUGUAUAUACUUAUAUAUACUGGGGGAUGUAUAUUUAUACACUAUCAGUGUAUAUGUCUGUAUAUAAUAACCAGUGUAGAUGUAUAUUGGGAGUAUGCGAGUAUAGUGGGGAAAAAAAAGGCAUACUACCUCCCUGUGUAUUUCCAAUAUGUGACAUUUUGGCACUGUAUAGAUUAAUAGUGUAUUAAUAGUGUAUGUUGUUUAUAAGUACGUAUUACGUGUUCUUGGUUAGUAACGGUGAGAAAAUGGUUACUGUUCCAUAUAUAUAUAUUUAUUAUGAUCAGUUAUUGUAAUCAUUAUAAUAGAAUAGCAACAUCUUAUAUAUAUAUA